GUCUGACCCGGCACCUGCUGGUUGAGAGCCUUCCUUUUUCCUCAUGAGCCCUCAGAGAAAAGAAGCCAUCUUGGUCAGGAGGUGCAAGGGCCAUUUAUUGCCAUUUAUCAUCAUUCUUAGCAUCAAUGAAGUCAUUUCCUUAUUUAGUGACACACUUGGUAGUUUUCCAAGGGGCGAAGUGAGACUCCCGAGCAGGCUUGUUUGUCGGUGUGUUAUCUCAUUUCUCGGCCCUGCCACAGUCACCUUUAAGUGUGUUAGCAGGUAGCCUGCCCCCUUCUAGUAAGGUCUGUGAAGUGUCAAGACGGGGUGUGAGGACGGAACAUUCUAGACUGGAUGUUGCAAAGCCUAGGGUCCAAUUCUGCUUCUGCCGUGAACCGCGAGGCCUUGGGCAAGUCCCCUACUCGAUCUGUGCCUCCAUUUCCUUCUCUGCUCACAGAGGGGAGUAGAACUCGAUGCUUUCAAGGGCUCCUUUUACCAAAAUGUUGUGAUUUCUUGAAACUGUUGUUUGUGAGCCCCCCACACCCACGCGCUCGGAGACGAGGAAGUCACAGCGGCCUCGGAGGCCGGGUGCGGCGCUGGGCUUUCUGAUGUCGCCGGGGUUAUCACUCACGCUCUUCUCUUCUCGGAGGUUCUGAGAGCAGGAAGUGGGCGGGGCUAACUCGUCCGUGAGAACUGUGAUUUCAGGUAAAAGAUGUGCUUUGUGAGGGGAGCCCUGCGGAAGAGCUGACGGCCGCCCUGUGCUCCCUGCAGACGGGCAGCCAUGAUCCUCUCCACCUGUCAUGGACGCACGCUUUGUGACAGCCGAGAAUGAUCUGCUUUUCAGAUAACACCAUCCAGUCGGUCUUCUGCUGCUGCUGCUGCUGCUCCGUGCAGAAGCGACAAGUGAGGACGCGGAUAAGCCUGAGCGAAGAUGAAGGCCUUCCGGAGAAGUACCCUCAGCCCACCAGGCCGUGGUUCAGCGAGCACUCGAGGAAGAAGCAGUCCAACCGGGGCCUGCAGCCUUCCAAACGCAAGCCUCUGCCGCCCCUCCCGCCCUCUGAGGUGGCCGAAGAGAAGAUCCUGGUCAAGGCGCUUUAUGAUUUCCUGCCCAGAGAGCCCUGCAACCUGGCGUUGAAGAGAGCGGAGGAGUACCUGAUCCUGGAGAAGUGUGACCCGCACUGGUGGAAGGCCAGGGACCGGCUGGGAAACGAAGGCUUAAUCCCAAGCAACUACGUGACUGAGAACAAAGUAACCAACUUAGAAAUAUAUGAGUGGUACCAUAGGAACAUUACCAGAAACCAGGCAGAACGUCUGCUGAGACAAGAGGCCAAAGAAGGUGCAUUUAUUGUCAGAGACUCGAGACAUUUGGGAUCCUACACAAUUUCUGUGUUUAUCAGAGCUAGAAGGGGCAUGGAGGCCACCAUAAAGCACUACCAGAUCAAAAGGAGUGACUCGGGGCAGUGGUACGUGGCCGAGCGGCACCUGUUCCAGUCCAUCCCCGAGCUGGUCUGGUACCACCAACACAACGCAGCUGGUCUCAUGACUCGUCUGCGAUACCCGGUUGGGCUAAUGGGGAGUUGUCUGCCCCCCACGGCGGGUUUUACCUACGAAAAGUGGGAGAUAGACCCGUCUGAGCUGACCUUCGUCAAGCAGAUCGGGCACGGCCACUUCGGCGUGGUGCAUUUCGGGAAGUGGCGAGCACACGUCCAAGUGGCCAUCAAGACCAUCAGCGAAGGCUCCAUGUCUGAAGAGGACUUCAUCGAAGAGGCCAAAGUGAUGAUGAAGCUGUCCCACCCGAGGCUGGUCCAGCUGUUCGGGGUGGGCAUCCAGAGGAAGCCCUUCUAUAUAGUGAUGGAGUUCAUGGACAACGGCUGCUUGCUCACCUACCUCGGGGACCGGCGCGGGGCACUCCGGAAGGAGAUGCUGCUGAGCAUGUGCCAGGACGUCUGUGAGGGCAUGGCGUACCUGGAGCGGAACAGCUUCAUCCACCGGGACCUCGCGGCGAGGAAUUGCUUGGUUAGUUCUACGUGCGUAGUAAAAAUUUCGGACUUUGGAAUGACGAGGUACGUGCUGGAUGACGAGUACAUCAGCUCGGGGACCAAGUUACCCAUCAAGUGGUCUCCUCCCGAAGUCCUGUACUUCAACAAGUACAGCAGCAAGUCGGACGUCUGGUCCUUCGGGGUUUUAAUGUGGGAAGUUUUUACAGAAGGAAAAAUGCCUUUCGAAAAUAAGUCAAACUUGCAAGUGAUGGAAGCCAUCUCUAAAGGCUUACGGCUGUACCGCCCCCACCUGGCGCCCAUGUCUGUGUACGAGGUCAUGUACAGCUGCUGGCACGAGAAACCGAAAGGCCGCCCUACAUUCACGGAGCUGCUGAAGGUGCUCACAGAGAUCGCGGAAACCUGGUGACCUAAAUAGAGAGGCAACCAGAGGGUCACCCUGCAAAACUGUCCCGGGAGGGACUCCCGCUCGGGCUGCUGGUGGAGCGCUUCCUCCAGACCUGCUGAAAGUGUUCCUGGAAGUAGCUUAGCGGCCACAGAGUCUUCAAACUCUUUUGCAUUUAAGGCUAUUCUGAGAGUCGUUUUCUACACGUGCGAGAGGCACAUUGAGACUCUCGUUUUCCUGUAACAGCUCCCACACCCUCUGUGUGAAGAAGGGACAGGAACCCGCAUCCGCCUUCCAGUCGCUUCGCCAGCCUAGCCCGAGAUCCCAAGGGCGCGUGCACACCUGGUCCUUCCCGAGGGCGCUGUUUCCUGAAGAGGUGGCCCUCGUUGUUUCAGCGGCCAUGCUUCGACGCCGAAAACAAAUCCUGCCAACUUACGGCACAGAGGAGCCUGCCCUGCGGAAGGCGCCCUUGACCUGUACAUAGUUUCGUAGGGAACAUGCUGAGAAUGCGGGCAUUCUGGAAAUGUCUUGUUAUCGUCUCAGUUGUCGUUGAACACGUUGUUUUCACACGUUAUCUGAUUAUUUGGGUGACAGCACCUUGCAUUCCAGUCUAAGGGAGAACCAGCGUUCCUCUUCGAGUACACCCUGGUGACAUCUCUAUUUCCAGCCAUGCCCGUUGUCGGGAAAAAUCAGAACCUGCCUUCAGCUCUGAGGCAUCCCACUUUAUACAUAAUUUAAGAAGACUUAUCUCGUCAAAGUAAGUUCCUCUGGCACUUUCCUGAAAGAUGGCUGGUUUCUUAUUUCGUUUCUCCAAGAAAGGCGGCCAGAACGGGUGUGCCGAUGUCACGCCAAGCUUCGUUAUUUCUGAAGUCCAGGAGUUCGAAUCCAAGAUGACCAACCGACAGCUGCAGCUCAUUUUUUAAUUUCCCUGCACGGUUUGCAGGAAUGAUUAGAGGUGGAUCUUUCUCAUUCCGACGGCUUCGGAAGUGCUGCAAGAAGAAAGGGGCUGCAGACGCAGGGGUGCAGGGGCCCGAGUCUAACAGGGGCCUGUCUUGCACACAGCGCCCCUCCAUAGAUCGCAGUUCUGGGGAAUCCGAGCCUAAGACGCUGGCUGUCUGUAGUCGUGACGUUUGCACACAGUUUUCCCCACUCCAAGAACAAUACCUUUGAAUAUUAGUGACACUCUGUAAAUGUGCCUUGUUUCCACGGAGCGACAGGUCUAAGGAGAGACUUGACAGGCCAAGGGGAGGUCUCGGAAUUCUUUGUCGGAGACCCCGGGCUGUUCCAGGGACUGUCACACCCCUUUGCCUGCGACUUCUGCUAUGUGAGGCCUAGAAGGCGCCUACUACUGGCUGUAAUUCAAGUAAGACCCACGGAGUCAUGCUCAAGAGCACACAAGAUUUACACAGCACAAGUGUGUGUGUGGGGGGGGCGUUAGCGUGUGACACAGGAAGUAACGCAGUCUCAGUCUGUUCAGUAAAGCGCCUUUUCCAGGUUUCACUAGGCUCGUAAGUUUCCUCUCUCCUCCCUGCCUUCCCCCAAACAAAACACCCCAAUACUGGACACCUAGGACCAGCCACGGGGCCCCUGCCGUCACAGAGUACAGAGCUGAGUGGCCCCGGGAGGCCGUGCCGGCGCCGUACUUAGACAGCGGGCACUGGUGGUGGUGGUGGCGGCGAGACCUCGGCCGUGUGUUACCGCUUCAGGAGAGUUUGAGGCAGCGAGUUAGGGACAAGAGUAGCUGCAGCCAUGUCGUAGGUAACGAAGACUUCGACAACAUGUGGGUUCUGAGUGUCUCUAGACAGGAUUAGCCAUUCCCUGUCCAGCUUAAGAAAAGGAUUUUUAAAUUCCUCCCAGCCUCUCCUGAGAGGAAGCUAUGUUUUAAUGUUAGGUAUUGAUAUGAGAUCUCCGUGGGUAGGUUAAGGUAAGAUAGGGCAAUACUUAAUCAGCUCUACAUAAGAAAUGAACAGGACGAGGGUCAGCAGGUGGCAGGGUGCUUAGAGCACGAGAUUCCCACAGAUGUGACUAUGGUUCAAGUCCCAGACCCAGCAACUUAAAAAUCAUGCUGGUCACAAAUGUGUGCAUGCCCCAAAUCCCGAGAGAAGAAUGGAGAAGGGAUUAUGGCGUGGCCAUCUC